AUGUCUCAAGGAAACCCCCUCCGAGUCCUAGUCAUCGUAUCUCAUCGGAGUUCUCAAAUAUCAAAAGCACAAAACAACCCAGAAGCCCUCCUACCCAAAGCUAUCCGCCUCCUCAAAGCAAGUCAUCUCUAUAUCCCACAAGAGAGUCGCCCAACAACAAAGCUAGUGGCAGCUCAAAAGUGGCGAACGCGGGUAUUCUUCGUCUUCGAUGUCUGUCACACAACCUACGACCCCAAGCUUGGCCACCUACCCGAGCAGAACAAGCUUCCUGUUGCUGUUGUUCAUCUCAGCAAAAAGAACACAGCCUAUGUGGCGAAUGCAUGGUUGUCAAAAAGAGUCAACAGAGAUAUUUCUCUGUUUCACAAUGCCAAUGGCUUUGGAGCAGUGCCGCCUUUUAUUGAGGAUCAUACCGUCGGAAAGCCACCCGAGUAUGUGAACCCAAGGGAUAUUUCACUCUUCCAGGCCUCUUGCCUUUGA